AUGCGCACGCUACAGGAUCUUACUUUGAAUGAACAGGAUUAUAUCGAGCUCUUACGUCAACUCAUCAGUGUUUCCAAAAAAGUCCAAAAUGCGCCUGGAUUAGGAUUAAUUCCGCAAGAAAACCUCGUGUCUGACCUAGUAUUAGCAGAAUUAACACCAUAUCUUGGCUCUCAGUUAUCAGUGGAACGUGUAGAGUUUGUAUCAGGUCGUGGGAAUGUCAUUAUCAAGUAUACACCAUCAUCUCUACCUCAUGAUACGAAUGAUAAUACGACGACGACGACGACGACAACAACAAGCAGUAGUAUCACUCCUACAUUAGCAUUUGUGGGUGCUCAUAUGGACGUUGUACCUGCUAAUCCAGAAACUUGGGAAAGAAAUCCAUUUCUAUUGACGAUCGAAGGAGAUAAACUCUAUGGACGUGGAACAACGGAUUGUUUAGGACAUGUGGCCUUAGUAACGUUGUUAUUUCGUGAGUUAGCCAAGCAUCACAUUGAUACCAAGACACAAGUAGUUGGUGUACUAAUUGCUUCUGAAGAAAAUAGCGAGAUUGAAGGCGUUGGAGUCGAGAUGUUGAUGGAAAGUGGAAAACUUGACUUUAUAAAAAAUGGACCCGUGUUCUGGGUUGACUGCUCGGAUAGUCAGCCAUGUAUUGGUACAGCAGGUGCAAUUACGUGGACAUUGAAAGCCACGGGCAAGCUAUUUCAUAGUGGACUGCCACAUUUAGGCAUUAAUGGACUGGAACUAGCCAUGGAUGCUAUGACAAAGAUACAAGAAUAUUUUUACAAUGAAUUUGGACCACUGGACAAGGAAAAAGAAUACAAUUACUCAUGUCCAUCGACAAUGAAGCCAACGUGCAUGGAAUCGUCGGUCAACGGACUGAAUCAAAUUCCGCCAUGGGCCAAAAUUGCAGGAGACGUGCGUCUGUCUCCGUUUUAUGAUAUGCAAGAGAUGAUUGCCAAGAUGACAGCGUUUGUAAAUGAUCUAAAUGCUAACAUUACGUCGCUAGAAGGCAAGCGCGGUCCAGUGUCCAAGUACACGCUUCCAGCUGAACAGUUAAAUGGUAAAGUGGAACUUGUGUUUGACAAGAACUACUAUGAAGGUAUUGCCUGCUCGCUGGACUCGACCGGAUACAAAGCUCUCCAUUCGGCUAUCAGCGACGUCCUGGGAGAAGCAAAGCCAUUCUCCAUCAGUGGAAGCCUGCCCCUCGUUCGCGACAUGCAACGUGGCGGAUUUGACCUAACGCUUGUAGGCUUUGGCAAGAGCUCAGUGUACCAUGGUGACAAUGAGUAUUGUCAGCUGAGCGAUAUGCAGGCUGCAUUUAAGAUUCUUGCGCUCACGAUUGCCAACGUUGAUGCUGCUCAGAAGUAA